CGGAAAAGAGGUAGAUCCAUAAUGGUAACUUGUCACAUGGUCAUUUCAAGCCGGCCAAUUUAAAAAUUGUUGAUAGAAAGGGUUAACAACGUAAAUUGACAUACCAUGGAAAGUGAAACAAAAAAUGAUAGACGGUUGCUUGCACAACUAAAAGAUGAGUUUGGGAAUUCCCCAUGUGCACCAUUUGACCUGCCAACUGAUGUCACACCAGAAAAAUUGCAGUUGAUUUGUAAUGCAUUGCUACAAAAUGAAGAAAAAAUACCGUAUUCAUUUUUUGUUAAUGAGAAAGAAUUAGUUGAAAGUCUUGAUUCUUUUCUGGAAAAAGAAGAUGUUGAAACUGAGAAAGUUUUGGAAAUUGUUUACCAGCCACAGGCUGUAUUCAAGGUUAGAGCAGUGACAAGAUGCACGAGUACCAUACCAGGUCAUUCUGAAGCUGUAAUUUCUAUUGGCUUUAGCCCAGAUGGAAGACAUCUUGCAAGUGGCUCUGGUGAUACAACAGUCAGGUUUUGGGAUAUAAACACAGAAACUCCACAGUUCACUUGCAAAGGGCACAAGCAUUGGAUCUUGGCAAUGUCUUGGUCCCCAGAUGGCAAAAAACUGGCAUCCGGUUGCAAAAACUGCGAGUUACGGAUAUGGGACCCUUUGAAUGGCCAGCAAAUCGGUAAAACUUUGACUGGACACAGGCAAUGGAUAACGUGGUUGAGCUGGGAGCCACUCCACAGUAAUCCUGAAUGCAGAAAACUUGCAAGUGCUUCAAAGGAUGCAACAAUCAAAAUUUGGGAUGUCAUUUUAUCCCAGUGUUUGAUUUCGCUAUCAAGUCACCUCCAGUGCGUCACAUGUAUUCGUUGGGGUGGUAAUGGCCUCAUCUAUUCAGCGUCGCAAGAUAGGACGAUCAAAGUUUGGCGCUCAAAUGACGGCGUCUUAUGUAGAACGUUACAAGGUCAUGGACACUGGGUCAAUACUAUGGCUCUUAAUACCGAUUAUGCAAUCCGAACUGGAGCUUUUGAGCCUGAAAAAGGUAUAACUCCAAAGGGUAGUGUGGAGGAAAUAAGAAAAACUGCUCUAGAUAGAUACAAUGCUGCCAAGGGAAAUGGUCCUGAGAAGCUAGUAUCUGGUUCAGAUGAUUUUACGCUUUUUCUUUGGGAACCAGAGGAUAACAAGAAACCAUUGGCAAGAAUGACAGGGCAUCAAGCUUUGAUAAAUGACGUCAAAUUCUCUCCAAAUGGCCGAUUGAUUGUUAGUGGAUCAUUCGACAAGUCAGUGAAACUCUGGGAUGGAAAGACUGGAACGUAUAUCACUUCAUUCCGUGGACAUGUCCAGUCCGUCUACCAGAUCACCUGGUCGGCUGACAGUAGACUCGUAUGCAGUGGCAGUGCAGACAGCACAUUGAAGGUUUGGGAUGUCAAGACCAAGAAGCUGUUAUUUGAUCUGCCUGGUCAUGCCGACGAGGUGUACGCUGUUGACUGGAGCCCAGACGGCGAAAGAGUUGCAAGUGGUGGCAAGGACAAGGUCCUCAAAAUAUGGAGAUCUUGAGUCCUAUUGCAGUAUAAAGUAAAGUAUAAAGUAUUGAUACCGUGGUAGAAGCAUGCUUCAUGAUAUCUGGCAAACAACGUGGCCACUUGGGUAAUGCAGUAGGAUAUGAAUUUUGGAGUUGAAUUGUUUGUGAGGAUCUUCAAUGGCAGCAAGUACUUUCAUGAGCAUAAAUUUUUUUCAUCGAGAACUUUGUAUGGUAAUGAAUGCGCUGGCAGAAGAAGAUUUUGGAUAACAUUUCACUUAUACUAAAUAUAUCCGCAAAAUGACAAUUAGAGCUUUUUAAAUUUACUGCUGGUAAAUUUUUUAAAAUCAUUUUUAAGAGAUAAUCUUUGGACUCUAUCGAUCCACCAGAAAGUAAUAAUUAUUCUAGCAUCAGUAUCAAAAUUUUAUGAAGAACAUUUUGUAUGUUUCGCGAAGAUAUUCUUCUACCUCA